AAUCUUACUAUAAAUUAGCCAAGCUGAGCCCUAGAAAUCAUCAGAUUCUUCCUUUGCUUCGAAUUGCAUUGUGAUCCAUUAUGAAAAUUGCUAUUGCCUGUCUUAUUGCGAGCUUCUUGCUCUUGAGUUUCAUCGACUCCUCCGAGGGAACAUCUCCGCAGGAGGACUGUGGUUGCACAAAGUCAACCACCAGAGCCCCACCAACCACUUGCAGCACAACCAGACGCCCACCAACUACUUGCAGCACAACCAGACCCCCACCAACCACUUGCAGGACAACCAGACCGCCUCCAACCACUUGCAAGACUACUCCCAGGACCACUCGUAGGACAACACACAAGACAACUCGCAGGACCACCCGCAGAACUACUCGCAGGACUACUCGCAGAACCACCCGCAGGACCACUCGCAGGACCACAACUCGUCGACCAAGACCAACAACCCGCAGACCAAGACCAACCAGACCAUGGAGGCCAUGUGAGCCAUGUGGUCCUGCUGGCAAGGCCUGUCCUGGUUGUCCUGAGCAAGGAGAACUUUGCAAGGAUCUCUUGGCUCAACUGCAGGCCAUUGAGAACAAGAUCAGAGUUUGCGUCUGUGGCCAGAGCCGUUGGUUGGUCUAAACUGAAAAAGGAAUUAGUUUUGGUGUCCCAAUAUUUUGACUAAUGGAUUAGCUUGAUAUUGAUUUGAAAGUUUUUUUUUAUUGAAAUAAAUCGGAAUAUUAUA